CUUGAUACUCUUCCAUUGAACGCCACGGCGCGCAAUGCUCCUCGCCCAAGCCAUCACCCAAAUGGCUCCGCCACAAUGUCUGCGCUGUCUGAGAAACUCUCUCCAACUCGUUGAACAUCGCAGUCUCAUCCAACCCCCCACACGAGCCGCCUUUUCCACCACUUCCCUCCUUUCCGCCAAAGCUGCCCAGCCCAGGAAAACCGCCGGCACUUCCAACAAGUCCAAGACGUUGCGUCUCUCCAAGAACAUCCGUCAAACGGCCGGCAAACCCCCUGCCCGAGGCGAACGAAAAGCAGUGCGCAAGCGGAUCGUGCUCAGCAACACCAAUGCGCUCGAGGUCGAUGGCUUGCAGGAUUUGACCGCCGAUAAACUGGCGAGACACUCUGAGGGGACGGUCGCGCUGCAGACUUUCACGGGCCAAGUGCUUGGCUUUAGUGACGAGACUGUAGACGCGCUACGGGCUCUGGAGUCGUUCAAGCCCACGCAAGCAUGGAGUUUGUUCAGACGGCCGGCGAGUUUGGUGCGAAAGGAGACGGCGGCGCUGGCGAAUGAUAUGGCGGAUACGGAAACGGAUACAUCAAAAGUGGCGAGAAAGAUGGUGUUUGGCGAAAAGGGAAGUGGCAAGAGCGUCUUGUUACUGCAGGCACAUGCUAUGGCAUUCGUGAAGGAUUGGAUCGUGGUGCAUUUCCCCGAGGGACAAGAUCUGACGAUUGCACACUCGGCUUAUGAGCCUCUGCGAACACCGAAUGGGAGGAUCUAUGUCCAACCGCAGUACACCGCCAAGCUAUUGCUCAGCAUCGCCAACGCUAACCAAGCUCUGCUCUCGUCGCUGCAACUGAGCAGAGACCACCAAUUGCCCUUCUCCGUGCAAUCCAACAUGUCGCUUUUCCGCUUUGCCGAGCUCGGAGGUCGCGACCCCACUAUCGCAUGGCCAAUCUGGCAAGCCCUGUGGGCGGAGCUCCUCACUCCAGCAACCAAAGCUGUACAACGACCACCCGUGCUCGUCACAAUGGAUGGUGCAGACCAGGUGAUGCGAGUCUCCGCCUACCUCGAUCCAGAAGCCAAGCCCGUCCACGCACAUGAUCUCGCUCUGGUGCGAGACUUUGCCAAUCUGCUCUCCGGCCGGACCCAGCUGCCAAACGGCGGCAUGGUCCUCGCAGCAACGUGUGCAUCGAACCGCGCCGCAUCCCCAACGCUGGACUAUUGCCUCUCCAGGACGUACAUCAAACAGGAGAAGGCAUCGAAUGCUUGGCAUCUCCUGCCUCUGCGGGGACCGAGCUGGGAUCCUUACCAGCUCAAAGACGCUCGCGUGGAAUCUGCGGUGAUGAAUGUGAGCGCGCUGAAGUUGCAGGGCUUGAGCAAGGACGAGGCGAGGGGCGUAUUGGAGUACUAUGCCAAGAGCGGCGUGUUGAUGAAUGCGGUGACGGAUGGGUUUGUGAGCGAGAAGUGGUCGUUGGCUGGUCACGGGGUGAUUGGAGAGUUGGAGAAGGGGACUGUGAGGAUGCGAUUCUAGCCUGUAUAAAAUGUCUAAAGCAAUACACUA